AUGGCGUUCACAAUGCACUCCCAUUCGGGCCAGUUCUGCCCUGGCCAUGCCAAAGACCAACUCGAAGAAAUAGUAAGGCAUGCCAUUUCUGUCGGUUACAAAACCAUUGGAUUCACAGAGCAUAUGCCUCGUUAUGAUCUGCGUGAUCUGUAUCCUGAAGAGCUCGAUAACCCCCAAGCUGCCUUGGAGGCUUUGCCUCCUCUACAUGAGGAAUACCUUGUAGAGGCCCAGCGUCUUCGGCGUGAGUACGCUUCGCAGAUUCACAUCCUCAUUGGCUUUGAAGCCGAGUUUAUCCGCCCAACCUGUGCAGCACACGUUCGCAAACUAGCAGAGCAUCCUAUCAUUGACUAUUUCAUCGGCUCUGUACACUACGUCCACAGCACCCCGAUUGAUUACAACAAGACCAUGUUUGCCACAGCCCGGGAUGCUAGCAGUCGCGGUACUGAGGAGUCGCUGUAUGAAGACUACUACGACCUGCAGUACGACAUGCUCAAGGAGCUGAAGCCUCGUGUCGUGGGACAUUUUGACCUCGUGAGACUGAUGAGCGAGGACCCUGGUCGGGAUGUCAGGCAGUGGAAGGGCGUGUGGGAGCGUGUGAUGAGGAACUUGAGGCUUGCGAGGGAGCAGGAUGGUUGGCUUGAGGUGAACAGCGCCGGGCUACGAAAGGGCCUCGCUGAGCCUUAUCCAUGCAGGAUUAUUGCCGAGGAAUGGAUUCAGAUGGGCGGCAAGUUCACUUUCUCUGACGACAGCCAUGGAGUUGCCCAAGUUGCUACCAACUACGCCCGAACAGUCACAUAUCUCGAGAGUCUGGGCAUCCAGGAAGUGUGGACUCUCAAGCGAACACCUCACCCAGACAUAGAGGGAACAAGCAGAGCAACGGUCGAGGAAAUCAGCGUUACCCUGAGCGCAUUCCGUGAGAAUUUUGCGUAA